UAUUAUAUAUGAAUAAAUCCCUGCACGCGGGUGAGUGCGAUAAGAUAUGAUAUGGAGUCAAAGCCAAUCCUGAGUUCCUCAUGAUUUUCCAAUUCUGAAACCAACUCGAUGGCUUCCUCGCCCAUCCUCUGCGCUUCUUUCAACCAGGAUCACAGUUGUUUUGCAGUUAGCACCAAGGAUGGUUUCAGAAUAUUUGAUACCAAUACAGGAAAACUCUGCUAUGAAAGAGCUGUUGGAGGGUUUGUUAUUGUUGAGAUGCUGUUCAGCUCAAGUCUUCUUGCUAUAGUUGGGGCUGGUGAUCAGCCAACUUUGUCGCCUCGCCGGCUCUGUUUAUUCAAUACCACCACUGGAGCUGCUCUUAGAGAAUUGAACUUUCUCACUUCAAUACUCGCUGUUCGCAUGAAUAGAAAAAGACUCAUUGUUAUUUUACAAGACAAAGCCUAUGUAUAUGAUUUAAAUAGUCUCACAAUCUUGGACACUAUUGACACGGUGCCGAAUAAUAAAGGACUUUGUGCUUUUUCCCCUUGUUUGGAUGCUUGCUUCCUGGCUCUUCCUGCUAGCACCACCAAAGGAUCUGCAUUAUUGUACAAUGUCAUGGAAUGUAAUUUACAUUGUGAGAUUGAGGCUCAUCGUUCACCACUGGCUGCAAUGGUCCUUUCUUCUAAUGGGAUGUACAUAGCUACAGCAUCUGAGCAAGGGACUAUAAUUAGAGUUCAUUUGGUGUCAGAUGCAACUAAGUCAUAUAGCUUUCGAAGAGGAACAUAUCCAUCUACUAUAUUUUCUCUUUCAUUUGGGCCAUCAAAGCAGCUUCCGGAUAUUCUUGCUGCCUCAAGUUCUUCUGGUUCUAUUCAUAUUUUCACUCUUGGACUUGCUUCACAUCCAAGCAGGAUCAAGAGAUCAAGUAGUUUUCUUGGAUCAAUAAUUCCUGGUGCUGUUAAUGAUGUACUGGAUCCUGCUUAUCAUCACGUGCUUCAUAAUGCUGUUCCUGCAGGGGUCAAAAGCUAUGCAGUGAUUCACAAGGUAGAAAAUGUUACUGACGCCUCAUCAUCUGAACUUCUAGCUUGUAGGGCCAAUAUGUGUGUAAUAACUUACAAUGGCUACUUCCAGGAAUACAACUUAAGCAUUGAUGCCCAGAAUGAAUUAUCUUGGGCUUUAGGGCGUGAGUUUAAUCUUUUGACUGUGACCUUGGAUGAAGUGGCAAACACGUAGAUUUUAGUGCCCCAUCUAUAACUGCAGAGCUAGAACAAUUACAUGCUACAGUGCUUCCAUUGCUGCCAACAUGAAAGUGUUACUCAGAAACUUCCAGAGCUGUCGCUGCUUCCGUAAGGAUCCUAAACUCUCGAUGGAUAUGUAUAUAAGGUAAUAAUUUUCCUACCAUCCCCAGAAUGAAAUGGGAGAGUAACAGAUUUGGUCGUUACGUUUAAAAAAAUUCUAAUUUGGGUCUUGUAGGAAAUUUAACCCUAUGAUAAACUGAUUAAAACAAUAAUUUACAUAUUGGUAAGUGAUAACCAUAACCAACUUUUCCUUUGAAAUUUGUAGUUUACUGUAAGUAAAUUUAUAGUUAAACUAGUCUAUGAUGUGGUUAAAUUUCUUGCACAACCCAAAUUAGUUCUAAGUACGCAGAAUAUUGUUGUCAUCCUGAUAAUGUAACUAUUUUAUACACAGUACUACAUGGUUUCAUCUGUUGAUGUGAUGUAAUUACUAGGUUUGGAAUCAAUGAUAAGAAAGAAUUUGGAAUCGCACAUGUGUGAUUGUGUGUAUGUAAAAACCCUGAGAUGUAACAAGGAUUUCAAAGUUCAAAUUUUAGUCAUGACAUUUAAUAUAAUAAUAUUUGGUGUCUUUGUGAUA